CUGUGAAUACCAGCGAAUUUAAUUUGAGUGUUGUUUCUCUUAAAGGGAGAAGUUAGCAGUGUGUUUAGUCAAGGAUUGUGUUAUUUUCAGCAGAAGUUUAACUGAUAAAGCCAUGCAGGUCUCCAUCGCUUGCACCGAUCACAACUUAAAGGGUCGGAAUGGAGAUGACCGGCACGGCAAGCAAAAUGCAACCAGCCCCAACGUGGUGAAUGCAGCCAGGGCUAAAUUCCGAACAGUGGCUAUUAUUGCAAGAAGUUUUGGAGCAUUCGCGCCGAAGAAUCACAUUUCUCUAAAGGAGUCGACUGCAAAGCUGACGGGAAUGAAAUAUAGGAAUCUGGGGAAAUCAGGACUUAGAGUAUCGUGUUUGGGUCUCGGAACUUGGGUUACAUUUGGAGGUCAGAUUUCAGAUGAGGUGGCUGAACAGCUAAUGACCAUUGCGUAUGAAAACGGAGUCAAUCUUUUUGAUACAGCGGAGGUCUAUGCAGCUGGCAAAGCCGAGGUCAUAUUGGGGAAUAUCAUCAAGAAAAAAGGCUGGAGGAGGUCAAGUCUUGUGAUAACAACCAAGCUGUACUGGGGAGGAAAAGCAGAAACAGAGAGAGGUCUUUCCAGGAAACACAUUAUUGAAGGGUUAAAGGGCUCUCUGCAGAGACUGCAGCUCGAAUAUGUGGAUGUUGUCUUUGCAAAUCGACCGGACAAUAAUACCCCAAUGGAAGAGAUUGUUAGGGCAAUGACAUACGUGAUUAACCAGGGAAUGUCCUUGUACUGGGGAACUUCCCGAUGGACUGCGAUGGAGAUCAUGGAGGCCUACUCAGUAGCAAGGCAGUUCAAUAUGAUCCCGCCGGUGUGUGAACAGGCCGAGUAUCACCUUUUCCAAAGAGAGAAGGUCGAGAUACAGCUUCCAGAGCUCUACCACAAAAUAGGUGUUGGCGCAAUGACCUGGUCUCCUUUAGCCUGUGGAAUCAUCACUGGCAAGUAUGAGAAUGGAGUUCCGGAGUCUUCGAGGGCUUCUAUUAAGUCCUACCAGUGGUUAAAAGAUAAAAUUUUAAGUGAUGAUGGCAGGAAACAGCAAGCUAAACUAAAGGAGCUUUCACUGAUAGCAGAACGACUCGAAUGCACGUUACCCCAGUUGGCAGUAGCCUGGUGUCUCCGUAAUGAGGGUGUAAGCUCUGUCCUUCUGGGAACAUCCAAUCCAGAACAGCUUACAGAAAACCUUGGUGCUAUACAGGUACUUCCAAAGAUGACCUCUCACAUUGUAGGGGAUAUUGACCAUAUAUUGGGGAACAAACCAUACAACAAGAAGGACUACAGAUCCUAAAGAGAGAAUGAUGGCUGAUUAAAACACAAAAGUACCCAAAUCUACACCUGAUCAGUAUCUGGUCAGUGCAACUCCCAGCUAUCCUGUGCUGUCUGUAAAAUACUGGGCUCCUGUAGGUGCAUGCUCUCGCUAAAAUAAAUGUGCCUAAAUUAUAAAAAGCACAUUCAAAAGAUGAAAAAAAAGUCCUAUAGAACAGGGUUAUUCUUGUAUUUUCUUGAAUCUAUAAACUUCUAAUACUGCAGUCCGUCUCUUCUCAUUGUCAUGCAAUGUAAAGAUAUUUAAUAACUGCAGAAAGGGUUCUUUGCUUGUGUAUUCUGUAUCUAUGAAAAUAAUAUUUCCCUAGAUGCUAUGGUAGGAUAGUGUUAGACACAUCUGGUUUGAGGAUGUUAAGAAAACGGUGAAUCUGCUUUCCUGGCAGUGGAGGGAAUGUUGAUUUACUGAUUGCUUCCCCCAGUUGAUGUGUUGUUAUUGCAAAAUAGAAGUUACAAUCACGGUUAAAAUGGCAAUCAAAGAAGACAAUGGAAGAAAUUCAUUAAGCCUUUCAUCUAUUGCAGCAAGCUAUGUACAUCACACAGAUGCAGAAAAUCCAUGUCAUUUUAUUUUAUUAGUACUAUGACUACCAAUAAUGUGUGUUGAUACAGAAGAUGAAACCGACCCUAUGUUUAGCCCGUGUAGAUCAGAAAUCUGCCUUGUUCUAGUACAGUCUGCCUGUAAGCUGCAGUAUGGAUUGUUACAGCAGCAGUGAGUGUGUCAGAAGCAUCAAUAUUAAGAACCCAAAGACCAAUUUUACACAAAUGUAUGAAUAGUGCUUGUUUUUGGGCUUUAGGCUAAGCAGUACUGCAUGUUGAGUAUGGCGAUUUCUUGCAAAAAUAAUUUAAGAUUUCCUGUUAGAAUUAUUUUAAAUUUACUUCACUUAAGGGAUAAUUAAACCACAUCUUGCAGUAUUUAUCAUAUACAAUACAGUAGAAAUAUAAUUGUACAUAAACUUUGUUCUGUAAUUCCUACGGCAGCACAUCAAGAAAAAGUGGAUUUCAAGCACUACAGAGCAGCCUGCUGUUUAAAAGACACUGUUUUUAAUCUUUGCUGUAUCCUGUGUUGUCACAUGCUUAGGUUAAAGUGUGAAGCAUGUUCCCUCCUGAUUUAUGACCAAUGACAUGUGAAACAAAAAUAUAACAGCCAAUCAGGAUUGUUGAAGUGUCUCUGCGAUAUGGACAACACGGUUACAGCAAACAUUAAAAAAAUGCAUUUCUUGUAAACACUGCAGGAUGUUCUGUAGCACAUUAACACUAAUAAUUCCUUAGUAUUUUAAUAUCUAGUAUUUGUUUUUUGAUCAUUUUCUAUUUACAUCUAUUGUUUACUUAUGCACAUUUUAAAUAGUUGAGCCAUAAUCAUUACCACUCUCGCCAGAUUUACAGUUUGAGCAAAAAAAAAAAAAAAAAAAAAAACACAUUUUCUACUAAACUGCUUGACAAAACCUUUAGCAAGCACAUAGAAUAUGUCAAUGGUUUUUACACAUUUCAUAGAAAUAGGGUUUAUUAAGUUUUUAAUUUUUUGCUCAUACAUACAGUUAAACAUUUUGGUACUUUCAGCCUAUUACAUAGAGUGCCUUGAUUGAAAACUAUUUUUUAUGCCAGCAUAAAUGAACGCUCUGUGGCAAUGGUAGCUGAUCUGGUUUCAACGAAACAAACAAUGGACUGUUAGAUGGUGGGUUUUUUUUUUUUACAAUUUGUAAAAAUUGUACGAUGGUAAGCAAGUAAUUUAUGUGCGGUGUUUCUUCAAACACUGUUUCAGGUCUUUUCUUUUUAAUUGCAACACGUAUUCCAUUAAUAUAUUCAAAUAAAAUGAGCGCUAGCCUGUUGCCAGAACUGUCAAACUGUAUACACAUUUGAGCUGGAUUGAAAUAAAGAAAUGCACAAUAAUAACCCUUGAGGCUUGGUUUGUUUCCUUUCACAGCAUAACCUAUUUCUUGGUAUUGAUUGCCAUCAGUGGCAUUACAAUUACCAUUCAAAUGAUGGGCUUUCUGCUACAUUCAAUCUCUGUGGAGAAUGUGCUUUUUUAAAUGGGGUGUUUGUUUUAGUUGUUCUACUUUAAAGCUGUAAAAUUCCAGCAUGACCCAAGGUGAGUCCUCGACGUUUACUGAAGUCUAUUGUGAAGAUUGUAAUUUAAUGUGUACACCUGU